AUGGCUACCUCCAGACGUGGCGGCACCAAGAUGACGGGAGACAAUCCCAGCAUUGUUGCAUUGACGUCGGCGGAUGACGAGGAACCGGAUCUCUCUGCCACGGAGAGCACCCAGGAGCGGCGGCAAGUUGUGCUGCCUCCCUUGCAGUCGGGCGAGAUUCCCGCAACGACAAAGUACGAGAUGCUCGGAUGGUUCUCCUACUACGCCGGGUGUAACGGCAUCGGGGGGUACAACUUCGCGCCGUCGGCUUUCCAGAACCUCCUGUCCCAGGCCGCCGGCGGCUCGAAGCUCUACUUUGCAGGCCGCGAGCGCGACGUCAACAGCAUCGUCCUUCUCUGCAACGGCAUUUCCUUUGCCAUCCAGAUCGUCCUUUUCGUCGUCAUUGGCGCCUACGCCGACUUUGGAACCGGGCGAAGAUGGGUGCUCCUGACGUGGUCCAUCAUUGCCUACGGCGUUGGGUUUGGCUGGAUCGCGGUCCACGACUCCGAGAGAUGGAAAGCCGGUGCCGCCCUCUACAUGGUUGGGCUGAUCUCGUACCAGGUCACCACGACGUACUGGGCCGCUGCGUUUCCGGCCCUCGCGCGGAACACGGAGCAUCUCAGGGACUCCCAGGCGGGCUACAAAAACGGAGAGAUAUCUCUGCAGGAACUGCGUCGGCGAGACGACCUGGAGCGCAGCCGGCUGAGCAACGUCGCCCUGUGGAUCCAGUCCAUUGUCGAGGUGUUUAUUCUCGCCGUCAUCAUUGGGGUCAUGUUCGGCCUUGACGUGAACGGCAGCGAGGCCAAGAACAACUGGGGUCUGUCGGUGCUCAUCGCCCUGUCCACGGCAUUCUGGCUGGUGCUUUCGAUCCCUUGGUUUCUUCUCGAACAGACGCGUCCUGGGUUGCGGACUCCGCCGGGCAAAAGCGCCCUUGCCGUCGGCUUCUGGCAGCUGCACACGGCGUGCAGGCAGGUGUGGAAGCUGAGGCAGAGCCUCAUCUUCCUGGUUGGGUAUUUCUUCCUGGGGGACUCGCUGACCACGAGCGUCACCGUGGUCCUGACGCUCCAGAACCAAGUUGUCAGCUACAACACCUUGACUCUGACGUACUUGCUGCUGGUCAACGUUGUGUGCCAAGUGGUGGGCGUCGGCGCGUACUGGACCAUCCAGAAAAGGCUCCGGCUGACGGUGAAGCCGAUGCUAAACGCCAUCACGGUGUUUGCCGUCCUGCUGGCGACCUGGGGCAUGGCAGGGAACUGGACGCAAAGGUUUGGCUUCCACACCGUCUGGGAAGUCUGGGCCUUCCAGGUAUUCCUGGGCCUGUUCAUCUCGCCCUGGUACAGCUAUGCACAGAUCGCAAUCAGCUCGGUGACCCCCCGCGGCCACGAGUUCCUCUUCUUCUCCAUAUUCAACAUUGUCGGCAAGGCAUCCAGCGUCGUUGGACCGCUCAUCAGCAGUGCCAUCAUCGACGCGACACCAGGGGGCUCCAAUACCAGCGCCCCGUUCUACUUUUUGUUUGCGCUGAGUCUGGUGAGCGCAGUAGGGAUCUGGAGGUUUCUAGACCUGGAGGAGAGCGCCAGAGAGCAGGAACGCUUCCUUGCCGACGAAAAUGCGCGCGCCGAGGGUGCUGCCAACGUCGCCGGAGCGAAUGGCAUGGUGCGGAGAUUGGCGUGCUGA